AUGCAAAACUCCGUCGAAAGCGAAGCGAGCAAGACCGGUAAACGCCGUGCAGACGUGGAGAAGCGGAAGGGUACGCGGUACAUACCCGAAAACUGGAGCAAAUACUGCAUAACGCUGCAGUGCACCCACGGCCGGAGCCAGCCACCUCGUGGAUCUGUAAAGCGCAAAGAGUAA